CCCGGGACCAGACAGGACGGGCAGGAGGAAAGGAGGGAGCAGAGCCAAGAGCACGCGAGGGCGGGGGGUCCCCGGGAGCGAGAAGCCGGGUUGAGCUUUGCAGAGGCCACGCUACAGGCGGGAGUCAGCGGCAUGAAACAGAAAGCGGAGACCCAAAGCAAGGCUGCUUUGGAGGCUCAGGCUGCAAAGCCGGGAGCAGUGGGUGCAGCCCUGGCCGGGCAGGAGGCUUUGCACUGCUUGGCCCUCCAGCUGUGGGAUGCGAUUCGGGAAAACUUGUGCGUGUGCAACGCGGCCUGUUCAGCUGGAAGUUCCAGAAUGUAAUUGCCAGCAGAUUUAAAAUGAAGCAACAUUGCUGGGAGUGAAAGGCAGCUCAGAGGACCAAGCUAAACUGCUUGCCUUGAAUAUGCUGGGCAGGGCUAAUUUACCGCAGGCGAGGAUCUGGCAUGUUACCUAUCUUUAUCUCAUUACAGUGAAAAUACAUUCACUGGAAUUAAAAAGAAGACUGACUCACCUGUCCAGGUAGAUGGAAACAAAGGGACGGGUCUAGGGCAAGGGCGUCACCAGCCUGAUCAGGAAGUAUUAAAACUGGACGAUGCCGUCUAGAUAGCUGCAAAGCAGUAGGAGCCAGGGAGGUGCUCCUUUAUUCUCCUUGGAGGGGGAGGGACUUUCCGAGGCAAAACCUUGGACACCCCAGUCUCUCCCCAUGGAUAAAGGACACACUUUACCCCAGGAUAUCCGGGACCUGCGGCACUGCCUGAGAAUGAAGAGCAAAUAUGCCAUUCUCCUGGUGUUUGUUGUAGCUCUUGUCAUUAUCGAGAAGGAAAACAAUAUCAUUUCGAGGGUAUCAGACAAGCUGAAACAAACCCCACAAUCUCUGAUGGAGGCCAACAGCACAGACCCUGGCCUAGUGCUGUCAGAAAAUGGGUCCCUCUUGUCCCUCAGUGAGCUGGACUCUGCCUUCUUGCAGCUCAAGAGCCAGCUUCAGAAUGUCACCCUGCAGCUGGGGGGGAGCAGGGAGCCUGCCAUGGCACAGGAACCCCGGAGACACGUCCUCCUCAUGGCCACCACCCGCACAGGUUCCUCCUUUGUGGGAGAGUUCUUCAACCAACAGGGCAACAUUUUCUACCUCUUUGAGCCAUUGUGGCACAUCGAGAGGACGGUUUCAUUUGAGCCCGGUGGCGCAAACGCGGUGGGGUCAGCCCUUGUCUACCGAGAUGUGUUGAAGCAGCUGUUCCUCUGUGACCUCUACAUCCUAGAGAACUUCAUCACCCCGCUCCCGGAGGACCACCUGACCCCGUUCAUGUUCCGGCGGGGCUCAAGCCGCUCCCUGUGCGAAGACCCUGUUUGCACCCCUUUCGUCAAGAAGGUCUUUGAGAAGUACCACUGCAAGAACCGGCGCUGCGGCCCCCUCAACGUGACCCUUGCUGCAGAGGCCUGCCUGCACAAGGAUCACAUGGCACUCAAGACAGUGCGAAUUCGGCAGCUGGAGUUCUUACGACCCCUGGUUGAAGACCCUCGCCUAGACAUGAGGAUCAUCCAGCUAGUGCGGGACCCCCGGGCAGUGCUGGCCUCUCGCAUUGUGGCCUUCUCGGGCAAGUAUGAAACGUGGAAGAAAUGGGCUUCAGAAGGUGAAGCUCCCCUAAAUGAGGAUGAAGUGCAGAGGCUGCGGGGGAACUGCGAGAGCAUCCGUCUCUCGGCUGAACUUGGCCUGAAGCAGCCAGCGUGGCUGCAGGGCCGCUACAUGCUGAUCCGCUAUGAGGAUAUUGCCAGGUCACCCCUCCAAAACGCCAAGGAGAUGUACAGGUUUGCUGGCAUCAGCCUCACCCCGCAGGUGGAGGAAUGGAUCCAGAAGAACACCCAGGCGCCGCAGGACAGCAAUGGCAUCUACUCCACCCAGAAGAACUCCUCAGAGCAGUUCGAGAAGUGGCGCUUCAGCAUCCCCUUCAAGCUGGCCCAGGUGGUGCAGAGUGUCUGCGGGCCAGCCAUGAGUUUGUUUGGCUAUAAACUGGCCAGCAACCCAGAGACCCUCACAAACAGAUCCAUCAGUUUGCUGGAGGAGAGGAGGGCCUUUUGGAUCACGUAAGAGCCCUCAGAGCUGGGUUUCUAUAUGGAAACGUGUGAUUAGACUGAGAAAAGGAAAACCUGAGCACAGGAUCAGCUGGGGAAGCAGGAAAAGGGCAAGUGGAAAGGGACCGCCGCUGUCCUCUGCUCACAUGGCUCACAUCCUUGUUUGUAAGGCUUGUGUUUGCCCUGUGCUCCUCCUUUCUGAUUCUCCAGGGGACAGCAGGGGAAAUGCAGUAACAUCCAGGAGCUCUGCCUUAUCUAGAUGGAUUAUAAUGUGGCCACCCUUUGAAACAGAAUGGAGCUCAAAAUCUGGCAGUGGGGAGAAAGAAAGCAGUAAGCACUAGCUCCCAUACCUCACCUCUUAACUGCUUCUCUGCACAAGCGCCACCCUUCUUUCAAAGGGCAUUUCUGCACUACACACCCAAAGAGAGAAUUGUAUGUUUUAAAACUGUCUGUACACUUUACAGUCCCUCGUCUCGCCGAGCAUGAGAAGAGGUGAAAGGAGCUAAGGGUUGCACUGAUAUCGUCUUGGGCAGACUUAAAGACCUCGCGUAGCUGGUUUUGGUUGGAUUGACAGAACUGUCAGAAAGGGACUUGACUGGGAUUUGUUGCGAAGAAACAUCUUACUAAAUCCCCAGCGAGGGGCGCCUGGGGGACUCCUUCCUUCCAUGCUGACUGCUGCUGCCUUACGCUGACAAACACUCCCGUAUAAGACACGCUGUGCGUCUCUGCAGACUUUUAAACAUACCACCCGCCCAUUAAACCUUGAGAGACGUGACUGAGCCCUACAAGGAUGAACACACUCCCUUAGACUGUGCACUGGGAGAAGCAAAAUGCCAAGGACAUCGGGAAAACGUGUAGCAGAGCCAGCAAACAGCCGCACCAGGAUCACGGGCCCUGGUGGAGCAUUUUCCACCUCAGCUGCUGUUUGUGUCAUUAUCAAUUGCACCAAAGCCAGCAGCUGAGAAAUGGCAGGGAGACAAUAAAAACACUAUGAGGGAACGAGAGAGAGCGCAUGCAAGUGCACAAUGCUCUCCAUCCCUGGGGAUUCAACUUGUCUCCUUCCAAGGUGGCAUCAGCUGUUUUGUCUUCCACUACCAUGAGUCUGUAGGCUGGGUUGCUCAGUGAUCAUUUGCUGGUGUCUAGAGAUCGAUAUUGAAUGCUGUCUUGGCUGGUGGUGGCAGGGUAUUUCUGUAAUUGUAUUUAUGUUUUUUUCCUUGCUAUUGUUUGUAUUUCUUUGGAAGUGCUGGUUGGAGGCUGCCAGCAAUUCUCUUCCCCAAGACGGAGGGAGAUAUUUUGUACCAAUUAGCUUUUUGAAAGGAGAGGGAGAAGGGGAGAGAUGGGGAGGCAGGCAAGAGGAAACUCGUCCAAAAUUAGUCAAUAGGAAUAGUUUCUGUAACAGAAAGAUGGUCUCAGAUUGCAGCAGAUGAAUUCCUAGCCUUGUCCAAUGGACAGUUAGCUUUGUUUUUUGCUUCCUGGAGUCCGAGCUCUUCCCGAGGCAACCCAGAGACUAGUCCAGAAAAGAGGUCCUUAGACUCCUCUGCAGCCCCAUGAUUAUGCUGAGAUACCCUUUGAGUCCCCUCACCCUUAAAUACAGCCUCAGGGAAGAAACUUGGAACAAGGGCUGGGCUGGGAGGGAUUUUUUUAAAAUAAUUUUUCAAGGGGCAGUAUUAGGUUUCUGUUUCAAAUCCCAUUUAAAGGGUUACUGUCAACACAGAUGUCAUUUCACUAGAAAUUACCUUUCCUUACUAUUAUCACCGAUUAGUACUUUAGAUUAGUCAAAUGUAGAGAAAUUGCAAGAGACAUUUCUCUGUUUUCUUCAUGCAUUUACCAGCACUGUGGGCAAUCAGUUUCGCCCAUGUUUGGAUUCACUUCCUAAUUCAUGCACGAGCAUGAGAGAAUAUCAAAAAAUUCUUAUGCACAAGGGUGGGGGGUGAGCACAGCUGGGCAAGGGAGCAGCCCCCAGUAACUCCCAUGGAUCCUGAGCAUGGCCUGGGAGCACAGGUAAGCUGGAACUGGACAGCAGGUAGAAAGAGUAAGCUGUUGCUGACAUGGGUAAUUGGCAUAGUGGGGAGAUGCUAAUGCAGAAGGAGAUCCAGACACAUCUUUUUUAUGGUGAUUGUGCUUGAGAACUGCACACACACAUGCAUUUAAGUAACCUAUAUGACACUGGCAAGAGAAAGUGGAACACGCAAAAAUAAAUGCAGAAUAAUGGCUGAAAUACAUGGGCUACGUCUACACUGGCCCCUUCUUCGGAAGGGGCAUGCUAAUUUUGAACUUGGGA